AAGGAACGUCAGCUACAGUCAAAAUUAAGGUCGUGGGAAUAUUAAAUGCAUCACCUCCAAACUAUAAUAAGUCAUCUGAACAUCAUGGCAAAGAAUUAAAGAUCCUAUCUAAGUAUGUCAAUCAAUUUUACUCAGUUAUUCACAUAAGUAAGAUAAUCAAUCAAUGGAUCAAUAAAACAGAUGAGUAAUUGUAAGAGAGAAGAACACAGAAAGAACUUGAUUAAUGAACAAGAUAAAGGCACUUAUUUUGUUUCCUACAUCGAUCACCACUAAGGAAAAUUAAAUAUGCUUGGAAAAUGCUGGAUGUUGUUUCUAGGGCAAAAUAUGAUGUUGACGACGUCGACGACUCGGCACACCAGCAAUCGUCCACCGCAGGAGUUGAUGGAGCGAAGCCUGCGGAAAAAUCUCUCAGCGUCUAAAAGCUUUCUCAGAUAAUUAUUAUAACAAGGUGGUGAAGAUUAUUGCGAGAUGCCGAAUAGCAAUAGGAAUAGCUUCACUACUUUUUGGGGUUGCCUCAGUGACAGAAACAAAUACUCAGGCAAAAAAAUAGAAAUAGCUCUAUGCGAAGUCGAAGAUACGAUUUUAAUUUUUUGUUGCAUCCAACUACAACAUCAACGGACAAGUACAAUUUUGAGGAGCAAAGUUGAUAGCAGGGCAUGACCACCAGGUUGUAAGCAAUUGUAAUCAAAGCUGCUCCCUUCAUCACUCACAUCUGACUGAUGAUGAAGCUUGUCCUUCUGCUUCUCGCAUUCAUUGUUGAGUUUUCGAAUCCUUAGAAGUUUUCAUGGGACCAUGUCAGCAUUCAGACACACGACUGAAGAAGCAGUAGAGGCGCUCGCGGCGAUCUUUAUCAGAAAAUGAUCCUAGGCAUUGUCUCUUAUCCGAAAUGCUGGCUGUCAGCUAUCGGGAGUUUGCAAGAUGAAAACUGUUCGAUUAACAAAUCUGUUCACAUAGUACGACUCCGAUGGUCUGAACUCUCUUGAAGAUGAACUCUAUUUCGGAACACCUAGCCCAGACUAGAGUAGAGACCAGCCUACACGCGCAUGCACUCGCUUGACGGCUAUGCUUUGAGCACUAUUUGAAUUCGACUCUGACAAUUCUGCUAGAGACUCGCCAGCCUAUGCAUGAUGUGUGGUGCAUGUUGUCCGAUACCAUGGACCUAAGUCGUUCGGUAAUCC